ACUUCUGGUCCUGGGCGGAAGUCUUCAGCUAGCCGACCGGGAAGUAGCUGAAGACCGGGCGAUGGGAACUCUGGAGGUCUCGCUCCGGGGCGGACCCGAGGCCACCGUGCCCCCGCGGUAGAACGAGCCUGGGUGGCGGGCUCCGGGCUCCUGAGGCAUGGAGGGGUCUAAGGCGUCCAGCAGCACCAUGCAGGUGAGCUUCGUGUGCCAGCGCUGUAGCCAGCCUCUGAAACUGGACACGAGCUUCAAGAUCCUGGACCGGGUCACCAUCCAGGAACUCACAGCUCCAUUACUUACCACAGCCCAGGCGAAACCAGGAGAGACCCAGGAGGAAGAGGCUAACUCAGGAGAGGAGCCAUUUAUUGAAACUCGCCAGGAUGGUGUCUCUCGAAGAUUCAUCCCCCCAGCCAGGUGCUUACUAUUCCUCAGUCCCCUGUUUCUCACCAAAGGAAUUUUAAUUAGGACAUGGGACUAGGAUGAUGUCUACAGAAAGUGCUAAUAGCUUCACUCUGAUCGGGGAGGCAUCUGAUGGUGGCACCAUGGAGAACCUCAGCCGGAGACUCAAGGUCACUGGAGACCUGUUUGACAUCAUGUCGGGCCAGACCGAUGUGGAUCACCCGCUGUGUGAGGAAUGCACAGACACUCUUUUAGACCAGCUGGACACUCAGCUCAAUGUCACUGAGAAUGAAUGUCAGAACUACAAACGCUGUUUGGAGAUCCUAGAGCAGAUGAAUGAGGAUGACAGUGAGCAGCUGCAGAGGGAGCUGAAGGAGCUGGCCUUGGAGGAGGAGAGGCUGAUCCAGGAGCUGGAAGAUGUGGAAAAGAACCGCAAGGUGGUGGCAGAGAACCUGGAGAAGGUCCAGGCUGAGGCGGAGAGAUUGGACCAGGAGGAAGCUCAGUGGGUACCAGCGGGAGUAUAGUGAGUUUAAAAGGCAGCAGCUGGAGUUGGAUGACGAACUCAAGAGUGUGGAGAACCAGGUGCGCUACGCCCAGAUCCAGCUGGACAAGCUCAAGAAAACCAAUGUCUUCAAUGCCACCUUCCACAUCUGGCACAGCGGACAGUUUGGCACAAUCAAUAAUUUCAGACUGGGUCGCUUGCCCAGUGUUCCUGUGGAGUGGAAUGAAAUCAAUGCUGCCUGGGGCCAGACAGUGCUGCUGCUCCAUGCUUUGGCCAAUAAGAUGGGUCUGAAGUUUCAGAGGUACCGACUUGUUCCCUAUGGAAAUCAUUCCUAUCUGGAGUCUCUGACAGACAAAUCUAAGGAGUUGCCGUUAUACUGUUCUGGGGGUUUGCGGUUUUUCUGGGACAACAAGUUUGACCAUGCAAUGGUAGCUUUUCUGGACUGUGUGCAGCAGUUCAAAGAAGAGGUGGAAAAAGGAGAGACUCGAUUUUGUCUUCCGUACAGGAUGGACGUGGAGAAAGGCAAGAUUGAAGACACUGGAGGCAGUGGCGGCUCCUAUUCCAUCAAAACCCAGUUUAACUCGGAGGAGCAGUGGACAAAAGCGCUCAAGUUCAUGCUGACCAAUCUCAAGUGGGGUCUUGCCUGGGUGUCCUCACAGUUCUAUAACAAGUGACUUGCUCCUUAGGGGAUGUUUGCCUUUAAGGUUUUAUACUUUGUUUGGUUUGGAAAGAUGCUUUAAAUUAAAUUUGGGUAAUAUUAAACCACAUGUUUACAAUACCAAAAUCCACAAAAGCUACUUUAUUUUCAAAUAUGACAGAUAGUUUCCAGAGUACGCCAUGUAUAGCAAAGAACCCUGCCAUAGUUUUGACUCAGCCCCAUGCAUCCUUUCCCUCUUUCCUGAAAACAACUAAUUUAAAUUUGCUUUGUUUUCUUUUUUAAGUUGAAUUGACGUUAAUGUGUUUUCACUGGAUUUUAUCUCUCUCAACUUCCUGCACUUAAAAUUUGAAACAGCAAAGGUUUGAGAUGAGAUGCUUGUGGCACACAGUUGGGUGAUGUGGGGAAAGGACACCGGGUCAGGAGUUGCAAGUUUAACUCCGUCCUCACUUGUAGCAUUGAAUGCCUCCUGUGCUGUCUAGUGGGACUACAGAAUGCUGUUUGAUACUGUGUGCGACGUGGAGAGAUUUAAUUAUUUGUAAUAAAGGAUUUGCUAUGGUCUAUUAAUUACCAA